CUAUCUGAAUCAAAUUCCUACCUACUUAAAAGUUCAGACUUGCGCAUUAUUCGAACUCUUUAUUUUUCAAGCAUAGCGCCAUGACAACUCUACCAUAUGCAGCAGACGCAGAGAGCCCGCUCAAGCCGUCUGAGCUACAGGUCCUCCGAGCACAAUACGAAAAAGAAGGCGAAUACGUCGGCGUCCAAACAAAAUUCAACUAUGCAUGGGGCCUCAUAAAAUCCAAUGAGCGCAGCGAGCAACAAACCGGCGUCCGCCUCCUCUCAGACAUAUUCCGCGACUCGGCAGAGCGCCGUCGAGAAUGCCUCUACUACAUCGCCCUCGGCAACUACAAACUAGGCAACUAUGCGGAGGCGAGGCGGCAUAAUGAUUUAUUGCUGGAUAGGGAACCGACGAAUAUGCAGGCGGGGAGUCUGAGGGCUUUGAUUGACGACAAGGUCGCGAAGGAGGGGCUGAUGGGAGUCGCUAUAUUGAGCGGUGUGGCUGUUGCUGCUGGUAUUGUUGGAGGAAUGAUCUUUAGAGGGGUUGCGAGGAAGAGAUGAACAGUGGGCAAGAUGGUGUUUACCUGGGAUGCCGCAGAGCAGUCGAGACCGUGACUUUCUACUCGAAUUUAAUAAAUUUUCCUGUGGUUAGCGAUGGUAUAAUUGCUAUGUUUGAACGUAAAAAUAGAGUAUACAGAGCAAAUAUCAAAGUACACGCCAGCUAAAAUCAAACUGGGUUGUUUGAUGCCUGGUAGAACAUUGAUCGCUGGAAUCACCGAGCAAUCC